CCUUUGCCCGCGCCGAAUCAGCCUCGAUCUCAAGGGUUCAAGUUCCUAUCUGAGGCUCCCUUUUCUGCCUGUAUUGGGGGGUGUGACUGCCUUAUCGGGUCCCCUAGCCUGUGUCUACUGCCUCUGUCUCUGUCAUGCCAACUUUCGGAACACGCCUGCGCUGCGCUCACACUCUCUCACUGCCACACAUCAGUCUGCAUCGUUGUUACAGCGCAUUCGUCGUUCUGCAUUGCUUGUUUCACUCCUUUUCUUCCAGUCUUUCCUGACCCUACUCACGAAAUCCCAGAACCUAACUUCCCCACGACAGCACCUCCCGAUUCUCAGUCGAACCCACAGUACGAGUGCACAGUGCUUGUUUCGUUCGCAGCACAAGCCCUCGAGAGCGUUCAGGCGAAGCCUCAUAUGUCCCUGGGCCUUGGUUGUUCAUACGAGCAGAAAACCCAGGUCGCCACGAAGCGGAGCGAGAGAGAUCCAGAGGCGUCUAGAGCCUACCACACCUGCACCUUCGCAGAUGGUUCGACAGUGAUGAUAAGCAAGUUUCAGUUUGCAUAGUUGUUUAUACCCCUCAAGAGCGCAGCGCCAGAACCGAUCCGCAAUGGCUGCCUCUUACAUACCGUUCUUGACGGCGUCCGCUCUACCAGACCACUGCACGCCGACCUCUCCCAUCCUGUCCGAUUUAUCGUUAUACCUUGGCUUUUGCAUACCCACCCCUCUCGCCGCGCUCUCUACUCUCCUCGGCACACUGUCAAUAGUGUCAUGGCUAUUCGCACAGAUGCCACAGAUUUUCAAAAACUACUACAUCAAGUCGACUGCCGGCCUGUCGAUCUUCUUCCUGAGCGAGUGGUUACUGGGCGAUCUGGCCAAUCUCCUCGGAGCCAUAUUCACCAAGCAGGCCGGCUGGCAGAUCAUCGUGGCGACCUACUACGUCUUCGUUGAUAUGUGUCUAGUGUUUCAAUACUUCUGGUACAGUUACGCCGCAAAGUGGAUAUACGAGGAAAGUCUCCAUUCCACAGGGAGCAGCGAUAUCGACGAUGCGGACAGUGCUAUAAUCAACGGGUUGUCGCCCAUCAACUCGAAUUUCGCCAGUGAUGCCCCGCUACUGGGCGAGCCUGAAGACUAUACACCGAAACGAUCAGAUCCUACAGACGUCAAUGUUCCUCACUUUUCCGCCGUAAACUACGGUGAAAAAAAAGGUACUCUUCCUCAGGAUAUCGUCUACGGAGAUAAGCUUGGGUCGAGUUGGAUGGCUUCACCCUCUCCGCGCACUCUUCUCUACGCAGCAACCAUGGCGUCCUUGGCUUCCAAUGUGGCAGCUGCUCCAGUACCUUUUCCUUCUGACCACUAUGCGCACGGCAUUCAUCUCUUCCGCGUCGACACUCCCCUUGAGAUUGCCGGCACUAUUUUAUCGUGGUGCUCAACCUUCCUAUACCUGGGUUCAAGAUUACCUCAGCUAUACAAGAAUUGGCAACGUCAGUCAACUGCCGGCCUCUCCCCUCUACUAUUCAUUGCUGCCUUUUGUGGUAAUUUCUUUUACUCUGCGUCUUUGAUCACCAAUCCGAAUGCGUGGAGCGACUACGAUCCAUAUGGACAUCACGGCUGGGUGGACGGAGAUGGAAACCAAAGAUGGGCGUGGGUGGCCCGAGCAGCUCCGUUCUUUCUCGGGGCUGCAGGAGUGCUAAUGAUGGAUGCCUUGAUGGGUGUCCAGUUCAUCAUGUAUGGGGAGCGAGAAGACAGAAUCGUCAAGGUAAGAGAUUCACAUGGAUAUAGUCAUUGGGAGCGAGUCAAUGGAUGGAUGAGAGGUUGGAUCCCCGCCAUGGUCGGCAAAGAUCGAGUUGUGGAUAUGGCUCAAAGCCAGCGAUUAUUGCAUGAGAGCGGACAUUUGAGCCUGAGCAGGAGACGAAGCCACCAUCAUGUGGACUACGGCACGGCAGCAUGAUACAAGCAGAUAUGACUAGACGUAUAGAAUACCUUUUUGCCCGUGUUCUAUGUCACUAUCAGAGAUUGAGAUUAUCGUUAUUGCGGAACGGGAG